AUGUUCCCCAAAAUUUCAAGAGGUCACCGAGCCCAAUCUUUCAUUGCUGAGGAUGUAAACGAACUCGUGGAGCUUCGCGCUCGACAGCGCACUUUCAAUGGCGCAUACCUUCGGACCGCCCUUGUCAACCUCGGAUACUCGCUGACGGUUUUGAGGCUCUUUGACAGACGCUUUUACCGAAUAGGUAUCCUAUACGCAGCUCUUGCUGGGAUGCUUUUGCUGUGCUCUUUCCUCCGCGCGCGGCAUUCGCAACACGACUUUGCAGACAUGUACAAAGACAGCAAUGGGCCGAGCAAACACCUGCGUCCGUUGCCGACCAAGGGCCAGGAGGACAAGCAAAAUUUUGGUCGGCCGUUCAUCACGGCUGGGUGGGUGGUGCUGGCCGUGGCAGGUGUCGUGGGGGCGACAGAAGUUGGGAUGUUGGUACUUAUUUUGACAAUCUCGUAG